AUGUUCCAGUCCCUGGAGUGUGGGAAAAGAUUUACCAGGAAGGGUUCCCUUGACAGACACAUCCUCACCCACACUGGGGAGAGAAAGUUCCAGUGCGUGGAGUGUGGGAAAAGAUUUACCAGGAAGGAUUCCCUUGACAGACACAUCCUCACCCACACUGGGGAGAGAAAGUUCCAGUGCCUGGAGUGUGGGAAAAAAUUUACUCGGAAAGGUCAUCUUGACACACACAUCCUCACCCACACUGGGGAGAGAAAGUUCCAGUGCCUGGAGUGUGGGAAAAGAUUUAUCCAUAAAGGUUAUCUUAACAAACACACCCUCACCCACACUGGGGAGAAAAAGUUCCAGUGCCUGGAGUGUGGGAAAAGAUUUAUCCAUAAAGGUGAUCUUAACAAACACAUCCUCACCCACACUGGGGAGAGAAAGUUCCAGUGCCUGGAGUGUGGGAAAAGAUUUAUCCAUAAAGGUGAUCUUAACAAACACACCCUCACCCACACUGGGGAGAAAAAGUUCCAGUGCCUGGAGUGUGGGAAAAGAUUUACUCUGAAAGGUCAUCUUGACACACACAUCCUCACCCACACUGGGGAGAGAAAGUUCCAGUGCCUGAAGUGUGGGAAAAGAUUUACUCAGAAAGGUCAUCUUGACAGACACAUCCUCACCCACACUGGGGAGAGAGAGUUCCAGUGCCUGGAGUGUGGGAAAAGAUUUACUCGAAAAGGUCAUCUUGACACACACAUCCUCACCCACACUGGGGAGAGAAAGUUUCAGUGCCUGGAGUGUGGGAAAAGAUUUACUCUGAAAGGUGAUCUUAACAAACACACCCUCACCCACACUGGGGAGAGAAAGUUCCAGUGCCUGGAGUGUGGGAAAAGAUUUAUCCAUAAAGGUGAUCUUAACAAACACAUCCUCACCCACACUGGGGAGAGAAAGUUCCAGUGCCUGGAGUGUGGGAAAAGAUUUAUCCAUAAAGGUGAUCUUAACAAACACAUCCUCACCCACACUGGGGAGAGAAAGUUCCAGUGCCUGGAGUGUGGGAAAAGAUUUACUCUGAAAGGUCAUCUUGACACACACAUCCUUACCCACACUGGGGAGAGAGAGUUCCAGUGCCUGGAGUGUGGGAAAAGAUUUACCAGGAAGGGUUCCCUUGACAGACACAUCCUCACCCACACUGGAGAGAGAAAGUUCCAGUGCCUGGAGUGUGGGAAAAGAUUUACCAGGAAGGGUUCCCUUGACAGACACAUCCUCACCCACACUGGGAAGAGAAAGUUCCAGUGCCUGGAGUGUGGGAAAAGACUUACCCAUAAAGGCAGUCUUGACAGACACACCCUCACCCACACUGGGAGAUAGUAAAGUGGCCGUCUUCUACAACAAGGACAUUCCAGCAGGGAGACACACACACAAGGUGUGUGUGUCUGAUGUUGUUAUCUGAUGACCUGAUAUUGUUAUCUGGAACAAAGAAGAGAAAACAGCCAAAAUGAUAGAUGUUGCAGUCCCCAGUGACUGUGGCCUCAGUAGAGCUGAAAGGAAAAAAAUUACAAAAUAUCAAGACCUAAGAAAUGACCCACAUACAACGUGGUCACUGACGGACGUCGGUAUAACACCAGUGGUGGUGGCGGCGACAGGGCUGAUGAAGAAAAACCCGGAGAGCUGCCCUGAGGCAAUCCCUGGUCCCCCAAGUGCCCACGAGGUACAAACAGCUGCGGUCAAGGGAACAGUUGCUGUCCUGAAGAGAGUCCUCAGAUACACUGCUAACACUGCUUAGGGUGUAACUUUAGACCCCAGGCUUGGGGCCCAUUGCACUCACCAAACAAUGAAACAAGAAAAUGCAGAAAACAGGGAGAGAAAGUUCCCAGGCCUGCAGUGUGGGAAAAGAUUUGCCCUGGCAAUACCAGUGGUGACUUGUGGGUGUGGUGUGGUGACUGGCCACAUUACUGCCACAAACCAGCUGGCAAUACCAGUGGUGACUUGUGGGUGUCGUGUGGUGACUGGCCACAACAUUACUGCCACAAACCAGCUGGCAAUACCAGUGGUGACUUGUGGGUGUGGUGUGGUGACUGGCCACAACAUUACUGCCACAAACCAGCUGGCAAUACCAGUGGUGACUUGUGGGUGUGGUGUGGUGACUGGCCACAACAUUACUGCCACAAACCAGCUGGCAAUACCAGUGGUGACUUGUGGGUCUGGUGUGGUGACUGGCCAAAAGGUUUAUCCUGCAAUGUAAUGUUGACAAACAUCCUCACCCACACUGUGGUAAGGAAGUACAGGUGUGGUGUUUGUGGCAGUGUUUGUGUAGCAAGAGUGGUGUUGCCAGACACAUCCAAACACACCUGUGGGGGGUGAGGUGUUGUGGUUGUGGUGGUGGUGUGUGAGGGACUUGGAGUGACUAGUGUUUGUGUGUUGUUACUUUGUACUCAAGUGUUGGAACAAACUUUUGUUGCUAGAAUGCUGAGUUAUGUUGUUAACAGUAUUUAAUGUGUGUGUGUGUGUGUGUGUGUGUACAAAAUGGCCAGUAUUAAUCCUCACAUGACAAACACAGCAGUGGAUGACUGGAAUAGACUCAGUAGUCAGGUUGUUAGUGCAGAGUGAGUCAUUACAGAGCUUUGAAUUGUUAGACAAGUGUUUGGACAGGGAUGACAGGUGGAAACAGACAGGUGUGUUUUGUACAGGGACUGCCACGUGUAGGCCUGAUGGCUUCCUGCACCAACCCUUGUGUUCUUGUGUACUACUACUACUACUACUAUUAAUAAUAAUAAAACACUUAAUUUCUUCACUCUUUUAAUAUAUUACAACAUCCAUUUUCUUCAAAUAUAAGCUGGAAAAUUGUUAUUAAAAUUAUUCAAAAGUAAACCCAUCACUCUUCUUCUUCAUCAACAAUUUGGCUUAGAAGAAGAAUAGCAACAAUACCACCACCAGUAACUUACAACUCCACUAUAACUCGCUGUUAUAUAUAAAAUGCACCCAAUUAUGAAAAUAUACGCUGUACAAGAUACAGUGUGAGUGUGUGUGUGUGUGUGUGUGUGUAGGACAGAGAGAGAGAGAGAGAGA